AUGUUAAUCGACGAAAAAAAUAUUGAUGAAAUAAUAAAUACAAUACGAAAACUUCACCAAACGACAAUUGAUCAUAGACUAGUGGAUUUAACUGAAUAUUUAACUGAAUUUUUUCAAUCUAUUCAACCACAACAAUCAAAUUUAUUUCGUAUGUUAACAUGUCUUGUACAUGAUUAUCAAGAUUGUGCAGCAUUGAAAAUUGAAUUUCUUCAAGCACAAUGUUUCGAAACACUUUGUAAAAUAUUAAAUACUGAUGAAGAUAAUAUUAUAUCAAUUUUAGAAUUUAUUAUUGAACUUUUAAAUAAUUCUGAAAGUGUUCAAGAAAAAUUUCUUCAUUUUAAUGGUUAUCAAAAAUUUUUUAAUUCACUUCGUUAUAUACAUUCACCAACAAUGAAUUUUAUUAAUCAAUUAAUUAUUCUUAUGAUUAAAAAAUCAACACUACAUAAUGAAGAAUUACUAACACAGACAAUUGAUUCAUUUGUUAUUUUUAUUAAUCCACAUAUUGCUAUAUCACUUAUACAUUGGAUACCAUAUUUAACAAAUGUAUCAUAUCAACAGCAUAUUAUAUCUUCAAUAGAUAAAAUUGUAUUACGUUCAUUACAAAAUAAAAUGAUGGCUUGUUCAAAUGGAAUUAUUCUUGCUUUACUUGAGAUAUUAAAUAAUGAUGAUACGAAUUCAAAUAAAUUAGAAGAAAAAAUUUUAAUUGAUAUUUUUUCUUUAUUAGAAAAUUUAUCACAAUUUUCAAUAAAUCCACAAGAAAUUCGAUAUAUAUGUCAAUUAUUUUAUCAAAAUACAUCAUUUAAAAAAAAAUUAUUACAAUUGUUAAUAAAAGCAUCUAAAAAUGAUGAUCUAGAUGCACAACCAAUUUCAUCUUAUUUCGAUUUACAACAAGCAAAUAGUGGAAUUAUUUUACCUGUUAUCCGUCGAUGGCCACCAUUAUCAACAUCAUCAACAUCUCAUCAUUUUUCAUUUCAUUGUUGGUUAAAACUUAAUCAUGAAAUUCAAUCAUAUCCAUAUGAAGGACGUCGUCAAAUCUAUUCAUUCUAUUCUAAUUCAAUGGGUUUAGAAUCAUUUAUACGUGAUUCAUCAUUAUUUAUAUCAAUAACUGAUCAUCGUGAAUUUGUUUAUAUUGAAAUAAAUGAUUGUACCGAUUUAAUUGAUGGUUAUUGGCAUUCUUUAACAAUUGUUCAUAAAGCACAACGACCAUCUUUAUUUGGUUCCGCAUUUCAAACAACACAAACAUGUCAUUUAACUAUUUAUAUUGAUGGUUUAUUAAGAAAAGAAAUCAAAGAUUUUAAAUAUGUAUCAAUUAUAAAUGAUCCAAUUAUUUCAGCUUCAAUUGGUUCACCAAGUCAACGACCAAAAUUAUCAAUGUUAAAAAUAAAAAAUGAAUCAUUAUCAACAACAAUUGUAAAAAAAAUUCAACCAUUUAAAGGAUUACUUUCAUCAAAAACGAAAAGUUCAAUAACUCGUAAAGAAAAUCAAGGAUUUUAUUCACCAAAUGUCAUGAUAAUUGAUCCAAAUACUCAAGAUACAUUAUUUGGUCAAUCAAUUUGUUUAUAUGGGCAAUUAGCUUGUGUUUGGAUCUUAGCUGAAACAUUAGAUGAAGUACAUGUAAAAUAUUUACAUGCAAUGGGUAGUGACUUUUGUCGUCAACGUCAUUCGUCAAUGCAUCAUGAGGAUACUUCAAAAUCUUCGAUUAUAUUCGAUCUUCUUUCUAAUCAUUCACUUCUUGCUUACCAUCCAUUAGCAUGUAAUGGUCAUAUAUGUAUUGAUAUAUCAGGCAGUUCUUCUCAAAUAAAUAAUGGUCGACUUAUCAAUGGUUUAUGUUUACGUCUUCAUCCAUUUUCUCAAUCACUUCUUAAUUUAGGUGGUUGUGCAAUACUUUAUCCACUAAUUGAAUUAUUUCAAGAAAAUGAUUAUGAUGAUUUCGAUAAUGUAUUUGUAUCAAAUGAAAAUAAAGAUUCACAAGAACAUCCAUCUGAUACUAAUAAAGAGUUAUAUUCUAAUCCAAUUGCAUCAAUAAUUUAUCUAAUUCGUUCAAUUUUAUCAUCUACAUCAACAAAUAUUUUAAUUGAACAAAUAACUACACAUCAUAAUAUUGAAAUAUUAGGAGAAUAUUUAAAUCAUCUCUCAUCAUAUUUUAUUGAUAAACAAUUAUUAAUUUCAAUUGAACAAUUAAUUGAAUCAAGUUAUCUUAUUGAUUCAUCAUAUUUAUUAACAACUCAAUUAAUUCAAUAUAUUUUAUUUAAUUUUAAUUUUUGGAAUAAAUCUAAAUAUAAUGUACGAAUAUUACAUUUACAAUAUAUAUCAAUUAUUAUUCAAUAUGAUCAAAAAUUUGAUCGAGAAAAAUUUUGUGUACAAUUUUUUUUAGAUAUUAUUAAACAACAUUUUAAAGACGAUACAGAUGAACAACAACAAUUACGUCAUGCUAUUUAUGGAAUAAUUCAAUAUUUUAUUGAAAAUCAUGUUAAUAAACAAGAUUUAAAUGCACUUCUUUCUACUAUAUCAAUAUUAUCAAUAUCAAAUGAUGUUAUAACUCAUGAAUUACUUGAUUUUAUUCUUUUAUUACUUGGUUCAUCAUCAAUAUUAACUGAAAAAAUCAUUGAAUUUUUAUGUGAACCAAAUAUGAUUGAAGGAUUAUAUUCUCUUUUAGUUUUGACUGAUUUAUCAAGUGAAACAAAAGAAAUUGUUUUGAAAAUAAUGAAAUAUUUUAUUGAAUCAAAAUACAUAUCACAACAAAUACGAUCUCAAUUAAGAUUAGAAACAGAUCAUAUUGGAUUUGGCGGUAUUAUUUCUAGAAUGGCACGUAGUGAAUUAAAUCAAUCGAUUAUUCAGGAAAUUUUUGAUAUAAUUAUUACAUCUAAUUCAUCAAUUGCUAUAUAUCAUCUCAAUAUUGUUUUAACACUUUGUAGUGCUGCAUCCUUGAAUGUUCGUUGUAUAGUCGUACGUAAACUAGUGACAUAUUUUAUCAGUAAUCCAUCUGCAUGUCAUUCGUAUGCUAAAUGUCAUGGAUGGCAAGAAACAUUAGCUCAUUUUUUUGUUAAAACACGUCGUUCCAGCUUAGUAAAUUUGUUACCUAAUGGAACUGUUACUCAUGAUGUUUUGUCAACAUACAAAAACGAUCAAAAUCUUAAUUCAAGUCAAGGAAGUUCUGAUCAUAUGAAUAUAACUGAUAAUAAUCUGCAUUUAGAAUCAACAAUGAUCUCUAACAUUGUACCAAGUUCAGAUGAUCUAUUACAAGAAACACAUGAUCAAAAACUUGAUUUAUCAUUCAUGGAUAAUAUAACAACGGAUUUCGAUUCAAGAUUGCCAUAUACAUCUUCAGAAAAUUCUUUAGCAUCAAGUUAUAUUGAUAUAUCGGUGAAUCUUUUAAGUGAUAAAGACGAUUUGACCACUGAUUUUCGCCGAUAUUCAAAUGAAACAAUAAUGACAGCACCACAAUCAAAUUCUGCUAGUAAAGAAGAUCUCCUUUCAUUAUUUAAAACAGAAGUUUCAAAUGACAAUCUUAUGGAAAUGGUUAGAAAGAACAGUGAUCUAUCAUCAUUAUUAUCACAAACAACUAUUCAUACAAGUAUAAACAAUACUCAAGAUUCAACAACUUAUAUUCGAUCGUCUAUCACUACUGAUGAUGAUGAUGAUGAUGAUGAUGAUGGUGAUGAUAAUAUUCUUGAAGAAAUGUGUGAAACAUUAAUCUUAGUAGUUGUUAUGAUUCUAUGGAAAGGAAUUGUCGAUUGUGAUGAUGCCUCUUGGAUAAUUCGUGGUCAAAUUUUUUCAGCACUUCGUCAUCUUCAUCGUGAACAUGAUUUGUAUUUACCAUUAGAUUAUAUCGAACGACGUAUCUUGGAAUUAAGUAUGGAAGCAUGUUUAAAUGAUAUUAAAUUAGAUGGAGUAAAGCAUGUUUAUGACCGUCUUGGUCGACGGCGUAUUAGUUUCAGUAGUAUACCAACUUUUGAAAACAAUUGUCAUGAAUUAAUAAAACUUGUUAAUGAUUAUCUUUCACAAUCAACAGAUAACAGUGCACGAAUAACCGAAAAUCUUGUUAAUGGAAUUAUUCCAAUACUUGAUACAAUGCUUUUAUAUACAAAGACUGAUACUGGUAGUGAAUCGAUGUUCGUAUAUGGUUCAUCUGAUGAACAUUGGUCAGAAACAUCUUUCACUGGUCUUAAUAUUCUUCUUAUUCUUCUUGCUCAUUCAAAUAUAUCAUUUUGUGAACAAGCAUCUAUUCGUAUUCAUUCAUUAUUAAAUUGUCGUCCAUUGAGUGGACGAGAAGAAGCAGCUUAUCUUUUAUCAAAUGUUAAUAAUAUACUUUCAUCUAUUUCAAAUAUUGAUGAUUCUAAAUAUUGUACACAUUUAUUAUCAUUAAUGAAAAUAAUUAUUGAUGAAUCUUUUGAUUUAUUACAAAUGAAUGUAUGCAUUCCAGACAUUUCAGUAUAUAAAGCAAAAGUAAUAACAAUAGAUGAUUUACGUCAAUAUAUUUCAUCAACAAAUCGUGAAGAUUGGCAAAUUUUUAUUGAAAAAAUUACUGAACCAUAUGCUGAUCAUUAUCGAUCAAUGACUAUAAGACCAUUUCAAAUGAAUAUGAAAAUUUGGUGGAAUAACUGUCAUGAAAUGAUGAAUAUUGGUAUACAUAAACGUAAUCGACAAAUUGAAGUAGAAAAAUUAAAAUUUCAAAAUCAUAUUGCUCAACCAUGGUAUCAACGUAGUCGUUUGGAUUAUCAACGUACAAUAAAAUUAAAUGAACAACAUCGUAUUUAUCAAAUCUAUAUUGAUUAUGAAUGGAAAAAUCGAAAGAAAUAUUUAUAUGGUGAACGUGGUUUAUAUUUAAAUGAUAAAAAUAUAAAAGAACAUCAUUGGAUGUUAUCUAAUCGAGAAAAUAUUCAUCGAAUGAGAUGUGAACUUAUUGAAAAUGAUUAUUUUAAUUUACAUGAAGAAUCAAGUCGUCUGCGUGAUAAUAUACGUAUUGAUACAACUGUUCAAACUGAUCAAAAUAAAUCGAACAAAAUUUUUAAAAAUGAACAAAAAGGAAAUUUGAUUGAUGAACAUAAACUUUUAGAUAUUUUUAAUGAAAAUAAAUCAUUUGGUUUUGAAAAAAAAGCAAAUAUUCUUAUUGGAACAAAAUGUUCAUUAAUAACUUUAACAUCAAUAGCAGAUGGAGAAUUUAUAAUAACAGAUAAAUAUAUUUAUUUUUUUGAUUUAUCAAGAUUAAAACCUUGUCAAAAUAAUUUUAAAUAUCCAUUAUUAUGGUUACAUGAUAUACAUUUACGUCGAUAUAAUUUACGUCCAACAGCCAUAGAAUUUUUUCUUAUUAAUCAAACAAAUUUUCUUUUAAAUUUUGAUAAAAAUCCUCCAAGUGUUGACAAAAAAAUACGUCGUCAAAUUUUUCAAAAACUCAUAUUAUUAAAAUUACCAUCAAUAAAAAGUAUUUUUUCAAGUGUAGUAACAACACUAACACCACAAGAAAUUCUUAAAGAAUCAAAAAUAACUCAAAAAUGGAUUAAUCGUGAAAUAUCAAAUUUUGAUUAUUUAAUGAUGUUAAAUACGAUUGCUGGACGAACUUAUAAUGAUCUUAAUCAAUAUCCAAUAUUUCCAUGGGUAUUAAAAGAUUAUACAUCUCAAGUAUUAGAUAUUCAUGAUCCACAUGUUUUUCGAGAUUUUUCAAAACCAAUUGGAAUUCAAAAUCCAAAACAUAUUGAUGAAGUUAAAUUAAAAUAUGAAUCAUUUGAUGACCCAAGUGGUUUAAUAAAAAAAUUUCAUUAUGGCACCCUUUAUUCAAAUGCAGCAACUGUUAUGCAUUAUCUUAUUCGUACGGAACCAUUUACUACUUUACAUAUUCAAUUACAAAGUGGAAAAUUUGACAUAGCAGAUCGACAAUUUCAUUCAUUUCAAUCAGCAUGGACAAAUAUAAUGGAUUCACCAAAUGAUGGAAAAGAAUUAAUACCUGAAUUUUUCUAUCUACCAGAAUUCCUUGUGAAUUCAAAUAGAUUUGAUUUAGGAAAACUUCAAUCUAAUGAUCAACAUUUAAAUGAUGUUCAAUUACCACCAUGGGCUCAUGAUUCACCAGAAGAAUUUAUUCAUUUACAUCGUUUAGCACUUGAAUCAGAUUAUGUUUCAGCACAUCUUCAUGAAUGGAUUGAUCUUAUUUUUGGUUAUAAACAAAAUGGACAAGCAGCAAUUGAUGCACUUAAUGUAUUUAUGUAUUAUUCAUAUGACAAAGUUGGUAAUACUAAUACUAUUGAUGAUUCUAUAACACGUGAAGCAAUUGAUGGUAUGAUACAAAAUUUUGGACGAAUUCCAUAUCAACUACUUACUGAACCACAUCCACAACGACAAACACGUGAACAAGCAACAUUUCAAAUUGAUAUACAAGGACGUCCUUUGAAUAUAUUUCAAAAUUUACGUCAUAUAAAAGUAUAUUUUAUUGAAAUAAUAUCUGCAAAUAAUCAAAUAUUGAAUUCAAUAAUAUUUAUUUCUAUUCCAAAAAAUCAAAUUCGAUCAUUUAUACAACAAGGUACACCUGAUACACUUGUUACUAUUAAUAUCAAUGGGAUUGUUGGAAAUAAUGGUUGGCAUUCAUAUGAUAAAUCAUCAGAUAAUCUUUUUACAUUUGAACAAGAUUUAACAUUACAAUCUGAAAAAAAUCGACUUACUACUGUUGUACCAUUUUCAUCUUCAAUCAAUAUAACUUCACGUCUUUUUGCUCUUUCUCAUGAUGGUAAAUUUAUAUUCAGUGGUGGUCAUUGGGAUUGGUCUUUAUGUAUUUAUUCUUUGACUAAAUCGAAAACAAUUAGUUCAAUUAUUUAUCAUACAGAUAUAAUAACAUGUUUAGCAUUAGAUUCAACAGGAUAUAUUCUUGUUACUGGUUCACGAGAUACAACUUGUGUUAUUUGGUAUUUAUCAUUGAAUGAUAAUCGACAUCAUAUAAAUAUAAAUGAUCAAGAUCUAACAUCAAUUAUUACACCAACAAUGAUACUCAAUGGACAUACUGCUGAAAUAACAUGUGUUUGUGUUUCAUCUGAACUUGAUCUUGUUGUUUCAGGUUCAUUAGAUGGUACUUGUAAUAUUUAUACAAUUGAACAUGGAAUUUAUGUACGUACAUUACGACCAACUGAUGCUAAUAAUGAUCCAGUUGUUAAUUUAAAAUUAUCUGAUGAACGACAUAUUCUUGUACAAACAACAAAUGAAGAUACACAUUUAUUUUUAUAUUCAAUUAAUGGUUAUCUUAUUCGUACAAGAAAAUUUGAAUAUCAUAUUGUUGAUAUGCUUUUAAGUGAUCAAUAUAUUAUACUUGCUGUUAAUGAUCAUUCAACUUCCAAAGAAAAAACAGACUCAACAUCAUCAAAUAUAGCAAGAAUUAUCAUUAAAGAUAUGUUUGAAAUGACUACAAUUCAAGCCACUCGUCUUCGAAUACAAAUCAAUUGUAUUUAUUUAACAAAAGAUUCAAGUCAUUUACUUGUUUCUGCUAAAGAUGGAAAAUUAUUUGUAUUAACACCUGAAAAAAAUUACAUUUCAGCACAUCUUCAUGAAUGGAUUGAUCUUAUUUUUGGUUAUAAACAAAAUGGACAAGCAGCUAUUGAUGCACUUAAUGUAUUUAUGUAUUAUUCAUAUGACAAAGUUGGUAAUGCUAAUACUAUUGAUGAUUCUAUAACACGUGAAGCAAUUGAUGGUAUGAUACAAAAUUUUGGACGAAUUCCAUAUCAACUACUUACUGAACCACAUCCACAACGACAAACACGUGAACAAGCAAUAUUUCAAAUUGAUAUACAAGGACGUCCUUUGAAUAUAUUUCAAAAUUUACGUCAUAUAAAAGUAUAUUUUAUUGAAAUAAUAUCUGCAAAUAAUCAAAUAUUGAAUUCAAUAAUAUUUAUUUCUAUUCCAAAAAAUCAAAUUCGAUCAUUUAUACAACAAGGUACACCUGAUACACUUGUUACUAUUAAUAUCAAUGGGAUUGUUGGAAAUAAUGGUUGGCAUUCAUAUGAUAAAUCAUCAGAUAAUCUUUUUACAUUUGAACAAGAUUUAACAUUACAAUCUGAAAAAAAUCGACUUACUACUGUUGUACCAUUUUCAUCUUCAAUCAAUAUAACUUCACGUCUUUUUGCUCUUUCUCAUGAUGGUAAAUUUAUAUUCAGUGGUGGUCAUUGGGAUUGGUCUUUAUGUAUUUAUUCUUUGACUAAAUCGAAAACAAUUAGUUCAAUUAUUUAUCAUACAGAUAUAAUAACAUGUUUAGCAUUAGAUUCAACAGGAUAUAUUCUUGUUACUGGUUCACGAGAUACAACUUGUGUUAUUUGGUAUUUAUCAUUGAAUGAUAAUCGACAUCAUAUAAAUAUAAAUGAUCAAGAUCUAACAUCAAUUAUUACACCAACAAUGAUACUCAAUGGACAUACUGCUGAAAUAACAUGUGUUUGUGUUUCAUCUGAACUUGAUCUUGUUGUUUCAGGUUCAUUAGAUGGUACUUGUAAUAUUUAUACAAUUGAACAUGGAAUUUAUGUACGUACAUUACGACCAACUGAUGCUAAUAAUGAUCCAGUUGUUAAUUUAAAAUUAUCUGAUGAACGACAUAUUCUUGUACAAACAACAAAUGAAGAUACACAUUUAUUUUUAUAUUCAAUUAAUGGUUAUCUUAUUCGUACAAGAAAAUUUGAAUAUCAUAUUGUUGAUAUGCUUUUAAGUGAUCAAUAUAUUAUACUUGCUGUUAAUGAUCAUUCAACUUCCAAAGAAAAAACAGACUCAACAUCAUCAAAUAUAGCAAGAAUUAUCAUUAAAGAUAUGUUUGAAAUGACUACAAUUCAAGCCACUCGUCUUCGAAUACAAAUCAAUUGUAUUUAUUUAACAAAAGAUUCAAGUCAUUUACUUGUUUCUGCUAAAGAUGGAAAAUUAUUUGUAUUAACACCUGAAAAAAAAAUAUGUUCAUUAACCAUCCAAUUAACAACAUGA